CACCCCCGCUGAGCCCCUCUCCCCACCCCAAAAGCUGUUUCCAUCACGUCAUUCACGCCGGCGGCUCCAGGCAGGAAACGCUGCGUCACGACAUCGACCACUUCCCCCCCCAGCCGCGCCCGGCGCCCGACGCGGCCCCGGCCAGCCAUGGGGCACCGCCCGGCCCAGCCCACGGGUCCUCACCACCCCCCACAAGCCGCUGGUACGCCGGGCACCCUCCACUCCCAGCCUUAACCCAACUGCCGACGAUGCCCCUGUCUCUGGCCACCAGCCCCCAGCUCCCGCCCCCCGCCCAGCCCUGCACCGCCUGCCUGGUGCCCAUGGUGGCGCUGGCCGGGGUGGCCGGCAUCUUCGUGGUGAUCUCGGCUCUGCUGGGCGAGCGGCUCUUCCGGGGGGCCCGGGCCCGGGGGGUGCCCAGCGUGUGGCGCCGGGGCGGGGCUCUGUGGAUCGAGCCGGCAGCCCCGGCCCAGCCGGACAGAGCCCCCCAGGCAGAGACGGGUGACCUGUGGAUCCCGCGCCCCCCGCCCAGCGCUGAGGACUGGUACCGGGGGCCCGCCGGCGGCUCGGGGAGCGGCACCUCCAGCGGCAUCCAUUCAGGGGCGCCAGAGAGCUCCGGCAGCAGCACGGCCUUGUGGGACGCCGAGGCACCGGCCUGGGGAGCCCAGCCCCACGUCACCCUGCAGGACAUCUCCGACUUCUUCCGGCGCGGAGGGGGGAGGGGGCCGUGAGCACCGGUGCGGAGGGGGGCAUCAGGAGGCGACCCCCGCCCCCAAGAAGCAGGAUUCACCCCAUGGAUGUUGGGGCAGAACUGAGAUUUUGGGGGGACACUUCGAAAAUUGGGGGGGGGCCCACAAGCCCACUGAGACCCCCCCACACACUGUCCCCUGGCAUGGGGAUCUGUUUGCGCUCUCCACUGUUACUUCUCUCCUGCCAGGGGGCUCAGCUGGGCCUGCACCCCCUCGCUUCCCCUGCCCGCCAUCGGGCACAGAGGGGCCGCUCUAUGGGACACGGGGAAUUUCUGCCAGUGGCUGGUUCGCGGAGCUAUGGACAAGUGGCCAAAGCUCCUGGCUCCGUUAACACCCCCUGGGGGGUUCCGGUGUGUCCCCCAUUCACCCCCUGUGACGAAGUGGGAAUGUUCUUAAUGUUUUCUCUGAAUAGUGUCUGUGUGCCUCAGUUUCCCCUUUGCAUUUCUUAAGUCUCUAGGUGGUGGGAUAAGGGGGUGUGAUUGUUGCAGAGCCCUGAAGGGCAGGUGUGAUGGUGUCUGCACAGAGAAUGGCCGACACCCUGUUUCCUGGUAACUGAUGGCCUGGGACCCUCCCCUGCUGAAGGUGUUGGAGAACAAAGAGAUCAGGUGACUUCCUGGCCUGGGAAAGAGACAAAGGCAAAGGAGGGGCUGGAGAGUUUCAGUUGGGAGCUGGCUGGGGAAAUGGAGGGAGCCCCAGGACCGGAGUCUGGGCUCACUGCCCCCCAAGAUGGACCUGACUGAGGGGUCCUGGUUGUACCUACAAGCUCUGUUGUAGACCAUGUUCCUGUCAUCUAAUAAACCUCUGUGUUACUGGCUG